GGCGAUGCGUAUUAGCUUACCUAAACUAAUGUGACUGCUAAAUAGAACCCGGCUUCAAGGUAACAUCUUGGAUUUCGACGUCGCGAAUUUCAACCGAAACUCAAUUCCUCACCUUCUAUCUUCCGCAACUGAACUACCCGCGUGUCAAUUGAACCCGAUAUCCACGAUGCGACCUACUCAAGCUCUUAUGGCUGGUGGCGAAGGCCCCAUCGGCAGGCAUGGAAAGUUCUUAGGUGGUUGGGGUAACUUCGGUGGCAUGCCGCAAAGGGGUAUCAUCAGCUACACCCUAAGCGCAAACAUGCAGAACCCGUUCGCCGGCGCCGCGCACGCUGCCAUCUUCAACACCUGGCGACGAUUCAGCGCACAGGUCCUCUACGUCGCUCCCCCCAUGAUCUUCUUCUACUACGCUAUGUCGUGGGCCACCGACCGAAACCACUACCUGAACUCCAAGGCUGGUCGCAAGGAGUUCGCCGACGAAUAGAUGGGUUUCGUGGAUUAUAGACAGCGGAGGUUACUCUAUCGCGUAUAGACAAGACCUUGUAGACCUACUACCAAUAGACUAGAGCGCGAGAGCUACAAAUAUACAAAUUCUCUUUUAUUA